UUUCGCUGUUCUUCUUGGGUUCUGACAUUUUCGACCUGUCCUGGACAGCGAUGGGUUCUCCUCUUUUUGUGUUAUCUUUUUUUCUUGCAUUUCUACUAAAUGUCUGCCAAGGUUUCUCCAUCUCUCAGCCUCAAGUUCAAGUCGAAGCAGCAGAGCGUCGAGACGUCACUUUAUUGUGCCUCAUGUCCAGUGAGACUCCACUGGGACCAGUGAGAUGGUACAAAGGUGCUGGCAGCGAGCACACACUUCUACUCAGCAGCCCCCAAAGGAGGAGAUAGAAAUGACCCUCGAGUGACCUGGACAAUGGAGUAUGUAAGUCUCAACUACAGCAUCACAAUAAGAGACCUCAGAGUCAGCGACACAGGAGAGUAUUACUGUGUGAAAUACACAAAGGCAGAUGAGAACAAACCAUACGCCUCAGGACCGGGGGUCACCCUGAUCGUGAAAGGUGAACAUUCGCAGAGUCCCGUGAAAGCAGUGGAAGCAAGUGGUCAAAUAUUAGUCUGUGUCCUGCCCAAGGAGACUUCGGAGGGACAUGUGAAAUGCUACAGCAGCCAACAGAUACAUAUCCGCACUUCAGAUGACCAAAGAAACGAGAAGGAAGUCUCUCAAAUAGCUUGGACAGAGAAGAAUCUGAGCAGCAAUGUCACCCUCACAAUGAGAGAUGUCAGAGGCAGUAACUUGGACGAAUACUGUGAGAAAUACAAAAAGACGUCAAAUGGCAAACCUCGAGGCUCGGACGGCCUUCUGCAUAUGAUUGAUGUCAACCAACCUCAGAGCUCAGUGGCAGCAGUCGAGGGUGGCGAUGUAACAUUAACCUGCAUCUUGUCCAGUGAGCUUCCACUGGGACCAAUAAAAUGGUACAAAGAGGUCGGCAGUGAGCGCACACACUUUUACUCCGCAGUCCCACACAGAGAUGAAAAGAAUGACCCUCGAGUGGCCUGGACAAUGGACAAGGUGACCGUCGACUUCAGCAUCACGAUAAGAAACAUCAGAUUCAGUGACAUGGGAGAGUAUUACUGUGUGAAAUACAGAGAGGGAGAGGAAGACCAACCGUAUGCCUCAGGACCGGGGGUCACCCUGACUGUGAGGGGCGCAUAAUCUGGCAUCAGGGUGACACUGCAGUCUCCCAGCGCUCUUUUACUUUACUUCAAAUGCUAGCAAUCGGUUAUGGAAUUUAUGAUCCAACUUUAACCGACUUGUAAAGAUCAAAGUGGCUUUGGCUUCUUUACUGUGAUACACUUAUUCAAUGCAUGUGCAGUACAUAAAAAAAAAGUUUAAAAAAUUGAGUUUUCACUAAACACAAUUUUAAUGCUUGAUGAUGAUAGAAGUUGCACUCAGAUAUUUUUUGGUGUUAAUAAAUACCUGCAUAAAAAUGUAA